AUGCGAACUGCACCAUGCCCUUUUUUACUACAGUUGGAAUACGCUUUCGUCGGUCCUUCUUUGGCGGCAGCCAGCACCUUUCGCAACGUUUCAAUAUCGCAAGCUUUUGAUCCUAAUAUUUAUGUCCUGUGAAUAGCAAACCGGGAAUCAUACUUACCCUUUUUGGCUAAGGUGCAAGCGAAGGCUCAACCGAAACGGUAUGCUAGGUGCUUGCAGCCUCAGCCCGUGAAUUGAGACUAUAGCUCAGUGCUUAUCUUAUCCGUGCUGCUUGCUGUUUGCCAAGCUAGCACCAAUUCAGGAGAGCUUUCUCCACCCUGUAAGGCUUCCGCUCCACAGUCUCAGCCAACUAGUGAGGCGAUAUUUGGCCAGUGCUGUUCUUGCAUAGCGUUUCCGGGGCCAAGCGAACACUAGUUACUCAGCUUGGAUGGUCAGCCAGGCGGCAUUGGGGCGCAGCGAAGGCCAUUCCCGCAUCCUGAGUGGCUAAUUGGUUCAGUGCUGAUCAUAACAUUAUGGAUAACAACCUCAACCGCUUGCGCUUGGGGCAAGCCCAGGACGUAACUGGGCAGCAACAGCGCCUUGAUGAGGAGGGCAGGCCAGGGCCUGGCACCCGGCCAACCACAACAAUGGCAACGCAAGAGCCCGGACCAAACCGCUGUCAGGUUGACAACUGUGAUGCGGACCUGAAGAACCUGCGGCGCUACUUUCGUCGCUACCAUGUGUGCGAGACGCACAUCCGCGCCCAGGUGGUGCACAUCCGGGGCUGUGAGGUGCGAUUCUGCGACCAAUGCAGCACAUUCCACCCGCUGAGCUACUUCGAUGGGACACGCAGGACCUGUCGUGAGAAGCUGGAGUACAACCGCAUGCGCCGGCGCGCGCGCAAGGCGCAGAGCACAGCCGCUGGUCAGGGCCAGGCAGGGAGGGCCGCCGCAGCACCAAAUUCCGCCGCCGCCACCGGCGGCGCCCCUGGGCCCGGCGGUGGCAGUGGCGACGAUGUGGACUCAGACGACCAGCCCGCCAGCGGCAGGGGUAGCGGCCAGGGCAGCGGCCAAGGAAGUGGCGUCGGCAGUGGCAGCGGUCAAGGCAGCGGGCAGGCGGCUGACAGCGGCGGCGGCGGCGGUGCCGCGUCGCCGUCUUCGCGGGGAACCGGCGCUGCGGGUCGAGGUCAGGCGCGGAAGCGACAGAGCGGAGUACAAGAAUCGCGCAGGCAGCAGCAGGCUGCGCGCCAGGCGUCCAUGCGCGAUGUCACGGGUGCCAGUCACGGGGGGCUGCAGCGCAC